GAGCUGUCUUGUUUUGUGACACGGUGCUAUGAAGUGGUGAUGAACGUAGUGCACCAGUUAGCUGCCCUUUAUACCAGUAACAAGCUUGUAUAGAACAGCAAUUUGAUUGUCUCAAUGGAGGCAUGUCAGUUUCAAAGAACAGCAUAUUUGCUGAGGAGUUUACGCAUAGUAUUCGCACAAUUUUUGCAAAUGUUGAAGCUAAACUCGGUGAACCUUCUGAAAUUGACCAGCGAGAUAAGUAUGUUGGAAUUUGUGGUCUCUUUGUACUACAUUUUCAGAUUUUUCGAACUGUAGAUAAGAAAUUUUACAAAUUGUUACUGGACAUUUGCAAAAAGGUGCCGGCUAUCACACUAUCAGCUAAUGUCAUCUGGUUUGCUGACAACUUUUUGAUUCAGAAGAUGUCAGCUGUUGCCAAGCUUCUGGACAGAAAAAGCUUUCAUGCAAUUAAAUUACAGAGAGAAAGUUUUUUACAGCAAAAGGCUCAGUUGCUUACAAAAGAGAUGCAAACUUAUUAUGUAUUUGUGAGCUCCUGGAUGAUGAAAAUGGAAUCUCUUUUGUCAAGGGAACAAAGGAUGGAUAAGUUUGCUGAAGAUCUCAGUAAUAGAUGCAAUGUUUUUAUACAGGGCUUUCUCUAUGCUUACAGCCUUGGAAAUAUUAUCAGAACUACAAUGAAUCUGCACAUGUCAAUGCAGAAGCCAAUGACAAAAACCUCAGUUAAAGCAUUAUGCAGGCUUGUGGAACUACUCAAAGCAAUAGAAUAUACAUUUUACAGAAGAAGUAUGACUGUUGCUGAUUCAGUGACACAUAUAAUUCAGCAUCUUCAACAUCAGGCUCUCAAUGCCAUUGCUGUAGCCAAGAAAAGAGUAAUUUCUGACAAAAAGUACAGUGAACAGCGCCUUGAUGUACUUUCUGCCCUUGUGUUGGCCGAAAACACCCUUAAUGGCCCUAGCACAAAACAGAGGCGACUUAUAAUUUCUCUUGCCCUCAAUGUAUAUGUUUAGAGCAUUGCGGGAUUGUGUACCAGCUAUGAUGCACUCAAGGCAUUUGGACUCCUUUGAAAUACUUCUAGAAAGCUAUGACAGAGAAAUCAUGGAUGUUUUCGAUAAGGGAACGCUAUGGGCUAUGUACGAAUGAUAAGAUCUGGUGGACUUCACUGUUGCAGCAGUGCAAUUAGAUUUGUUCCUGACCUUGAAGACAUUGUCAACUUUGAAGAACUUGUGAAAGAGGAAGAUCUGUCAGAAGAAACACAACAAGCAGCUAGGCAGCUGGAUUCUGUACUUAGUGACCUCACCUGCAGCUCUGCAGAAGGUACAGAGUACUUCAAAAUGCUUGUGGAUGUCUUUGCGCCUGAAUUCCGUAGACUAAAGAACAUGCAUCUACGCAAUUUUUAUAUCAUUGUUCCCCCGCUGGUUAGUAUUUGCAUUGAUUGA